AUGGAGAGAGCCAGUCAAGUGCUCAGUCAUAGGACAGAUAAGACACUGCUUUUUAAUAUUAGAAUUAACAAAAGAAAAAAAAAGGGGGGGGAAUGGGAAAUUUACUGUAGAAGUAAACAGCCUUUCAGCCAAUCUCCACCCGCUUCCAGCCAAUCUCCCACCCGCUUUCCAGCCAAUCUCCACCGCGCUUUCCAGCCAAUCUCCACCCCGCUUUCCAGCCAAUCUCCACCAGCUUUCCAGCCAAUCUCCACCCGCGCUUUCCAGCCAAUCUCCACCCGCGCUUUCCAGCCAAUCUCCACCCGCGCUUUCCAGCCAAUCUCCACCCGCGCUUUCCAGCCAAUCUCCACCCGCGCUUUCCAGCCAAUCUCCACCAGCUUUCAGCCAAUCUCCACCCUUUCAACCAAUUUCCACCAACGCUUUCAGCCAAUCUCCACCAGCGCUUUCCAGCCAAUCUCCACCCGCUUUCCAGCCAAUCUCCACCCGCGCUUUCAGCCAAUCUCCAGCUUUCCAGCCAAUCUCCACCAGCGCUUUCAGCCAAUCUCCACCCGCGCUUUCCAGCCAAUCUCCACCCGCUUUCAGCCAAUCUCCGCGCUUUCAGCCAAUCUCCACCAAUCUCGCUUUUCAGCCAAUCUCCACCGCGCUUUCCAGCCAAUCUCCACCGGCGCUUUCCAGCCAAUCUCCACCGCGCUUUCAGCCAAUCUCCACCCGCUUUCCAUAAUCUCCACCGCUUUCCAGCCAAUCUCCACCGCGCUUUCCAGCCAAUCUCCACCCGCUUUCCAGCCAAUCUCCACCGCUUUCCAGCCAAUCUCAAUCUCCACCGCUUUCAGCCAAUCUCCGCGCGCUUUCCAGCCAAUCUCCACCGCUUUCAGCCAAUCUCACCCAGCUUUCCAGCCAAUCUCCACCCGCGCUUUCCAGCCAAUCUCCACCGCGCUUUCCAGCCAAUCUCCACCCAAUUUCCAGCCAAUCUCCAAUCCAAUCUUUUCAGCCAAUCUCCACCAGCGCUUUCCAGCCAAUCUCCACCCGCGCUUUUUUCACCAGCCAAUCUCCACCCCGCUUUCCAGCCAAUCUCCACCAGCUUUUCAGCCAAUCUCACCCGCGCUUUCAGCCAAUCUCCACCCGCGCUUUCCAGCCAAUCUCCACCCCGCUUUCAGCCAAUCUCCACGCUUUCAGCCAAUCUCCACCCGGCUUUCCAGCCAAUCUCCACCCGCGCUUUCAGCCAAUCUCCACCCGGCGCUUUCAGCCAAUCUCCACCCGCUUUCAGCCAAUCUCCACCCAGCGCUUUCAGCCAAUCUCCACCCGGCUUUCCAGCCAAUCUCCACCGCGCUUUCAAUAAUCUCCACCAGCGCUUUCCAGCCAAUCUCCACCCAGCGCUUUCCAGCCAAUCUCCCCCGCGCUUUCCAGCCAAUCUCCACCAGCGCUUUCCAGCCAAUCUCCACCGGCGCUUUCCAGCCAAUCUCCACCAGCGCUUUCCAGCCAAUCUCCACCCGCUUUCCAGCCAAUCUCCACCAGCGCUUUCCAGCCAAUCUCCACCGCUUUCCAGCCAAUCUCCACCGCGCUUUCAGCCAAUCUCCACCGCGCUUUCCAGCCAAUCUCACCCCGCGCUUUCAGCCAAUCUCACCGCGCUUUCCAGCCAAUCUCCACCCGCGCUUUCCAGCCAAUCUCUUUCGUAAUCUCACCCGCUUUCCAGCCAAUCUCACCAGCUUUCCAGCCAAUCUCCACCCGCGCUUUCCAGCCAGCAAUCUCCACCCGCUUUCAGCCAAUCUCACCGCGCUUUCAGCCAAUCUCCACCAGCGCUUUCCAGCCAAUCUCCACCAGCGCUUUCAGCCAAUCUCACCAGCGCUUUCCAAUCUCCACCCGCGCUUUCAGCCAAUCUCCACCCCGCGCUUUCCAGCCAAUCUCCACCCGCUUUCAGCCAAUCUUUCCAGCCAAUCUCCCCCGGCUUUCCAGCCAAUCUCCACCCGCGCUUUCCAGCCAAUCUCCACCCGCUUUCAGCCAAUCUCCACCGCGCUUUCAGCCAAUCUCACCCUUUCAGCCAAUCUCACCCGCGCUUUCCAGCCAAUCUCCUCCUUUCAGCAAUCCACCAGCUUUCAGCCAAUCUCACCAGCGGCUUUCCAGCCAAUCUCCACCGCGCUUUCAGCCAAUCUCCACCAGCGCUUUCCAGCCAAUCUCCACCAGCUUUCCAGCCAAUCUCCACCAGCUUUCAGCCAAUCUCACCGCGCUUUCAGCCAAUCUCCACCGCGCUUUCAGCCAAUCUCCACCCGCGCUUUCAGCCAAUCUCCACCCGCGCUUUCCAGCCAAUCUCCACCAGCUUUCCAGCCAAUCUCCACCCGGCGCUUUUCCAGCCAAUCUCCACCCGCUUUCCAGCCAAUCUCCACCAGCUUUCCAGCCAAUCUCCACCAGCUUUCCAGCCAAUCUCCCAGCGCUUUCCAGCCAAUCUCCACCCUUUCAGCCAAUCUCCACCGCUUUCCAGCCAAUCUCCACCCGCGCUUUCAGCCAAUCUCCACCGGCGCAAUUUCCAGCCAAUCUCCACCCGCUUUCAGCCAAUCUCCACCCGCGCUUUCCAGCCAAUCUCCACCCGCGCUUUCCAGCCAAUCUCACCCGCGCUUUCCAGCCAAUCUCACCAGCGCUUUCCAGCCAAUCUCCACCCCUUUCCAGCCAAUCUCCACCGCGCUUUCCAGCCAAUCUCCACCCGCGCUUUCCAGCCAAUCUCCACCCGCUUUCCAGCCAAUCUCCACCCUUUUCCAGCCAAUCUCCACCAGCGCUUUCCAGCCAAUCUCCACCCGGCGCUUUCAGCCAAUCUCCACCAGCGCUUUCAGCCAAUCUCCACCAGCUUUCAGCCAAUCUCCACCAGCGCUUUCCAGCCAAUCUCCACCGGCGCUUUCCAGCCAAUCUUUCCAAUCUCCACCCGCGCUUUCCAGCCAAUCUCCACCGCGCUUUCAGCCAAUCUCCACCCGCGCUUUCCAGCCAAUCUCCACCGCGCUUUCAGCCAAUCUCACCCGGCUUUCCAGCCAAUCUCACCAGCUUUCCAGCCAAUCUCCACCACCAGCUUUCCAGCCAAUAAUCCACCAGCGCUUUCCAGCCAAUCUCCACCAGCGCUUUCCAGCCAAUCUCCACCCGCGCUUUCCAGCCAAUCUCCACCCCGCUUUCCAGCCAAUCUCUGCUUUCAGCCAAUCUCCCCGCGCUUUCAGCCAAUCUCCACCAGCGCUUUCCAGCCAAUCUCCACCCGCGCUUUCCAGCCAAUCUCACCAGCGCUUUCAGCCAAUCUCCACCCGCGCUUUCAGCCAAUCACCAGCGCUUUCCAGCCAAUCUCCACCCGCUUUCAGCCAAUCUCCACGCUUUCCAGCCAAUCUCCACCCGCUUUCAGCCAAUCUCCACCCCUUUCCAGCCAAUCUCCACCCGCUUUCCAGCCAAUCUCCACCAGCGCUUUCCAGCCAAUCUCCGGCUUUCCAGCCAAUCUCCGCUUUCCAGCCAAUCUCCACCCCGCUUUCAGCCAAUCUCCACCCGCGCUUUCAGCCAAUCUCCACCCAGCGCUUUCAGCCAAUCUCACACCCGCUUUCCAGCCAAUCUCACCGCGCUUCCAGCCAAUCUCACCAGCUUUCCAGCCAAUCUCCACCCAGCGCUUUCAGCCAAUCUCCACCGCGCUUUCCAGCCAAUCUCCACCAGCUUUCCAGCCAAUCUCCACCCGCUUUCCAGCCAAUCUCCACCGCGCUUUCCAGCCAAUCUCCAUCCCGCUUUUUCAGCCAAUCUCCACCAGCGCUUUCCAGCCAAUCUCACCCGCUUUCCAGCCAAUCUCCACCCAGCGCUUCCAGCCAAUCUCCACCGCGCUUUCCAAUAAUCUCACCGCGCUUUCCAGCCAAUCUCCACCCGCGCUUUCCAGCCAAUCUCACCAGCUUUCAGCCAAUCUCCACCCGCGCUUUCCAGCCAAUCUCCACCAGCGCUUUCAGCCAAUCUCCUUUUCCUUUCCAGCCAAUCUCCACCCGCGCUUUCCAGCCAAUCUCCACCAGCGCUUUUCCACCCGCGCCAAUCUCCACCCGCGCUUUCCAGCCAAUCUCCACCCGCGCUUUCCAGCCAAUCUCCACCCGCGCUUUCCAGCCAAUCUCCACCCGCGCUUUCCAGCCAAUCUCCACCCGCGCUUUCCAGCCAAUCUCCACCCGCGCUUUCCAGCCAAUCUCCACCCGCGCUUUCAGCCAAUCUCCACCCGGCUUUCCAGCCAAUCUCCGCAGCUUUCCAGCCAAUCUCCACCCUUUUUCCAGCCAAUCUCCACCCGCGCUUUUCCAGCCAAUCUCCACCCGCGCUUUCCAGCCAAUCUCACCUUUCAGCCAAUCUCCACCAGCUUUCCAGCCAAUCUCCACCCAGCUUUCCAGCCAAUCUCAGCCCAGCCAAUCUCCACCAGCGCUUUCCAGCCAAUCUCACCAGCGCUUUCCAGCCAAUCUCCACCCGCUUUCCAGCCAAUCUCCACCAGCGCUUUCCAGCCAAUCUCACCCGCUUUCAGCCAAUCUCCACCCAGCGCUUUCAGCCAAUCUCCACCAGCGCUUUCAGCCAAUCUCCACCCGCGCUUUCAGCCAAUCUCCACCCAGCAGCUUUCCAGCCAAUCUCUCCACCCUUUCCAGCCAAUCUCCACCCGGCUUUCCAGCCAAUCUCCACCGCGCUUUCCAGCCAAUCUCCACCCAGCGCUUUCAGCCAAUCUCCACCCAGCGCUUUCCAGCCAAUCUCCACCAGCGCUUUCAGCCAAUCUCCACCCGCUUUCCAGCCAAUCUCCACCGCGCUUUCAGCCAAUCUCCACCGCGCUUUCCAGCCAAUCUCCACCCGGCUUUCCAGCCAAUCUCCACCCGCGCUUUCCAGCCAAUCUCACCCGCGCUUUCCAGCCAAUCUCCACCGCGCUUUCAGCCAAUCUCCACCGGCAGCCAAUCUCCACCCGACUUUCAGCCAAUCUCACCAGCUUUCCAGCCAAUCUCACCAGCUUUCCAGCCAAUCUCACCAGCUUUCCAGCCAAUCUCCUACCCGCGCUUUCAGCCAAUCUCCACCCGCGCUUUCCAGCCAAUCUCCACCCGCGCUUUCCAGCCAAUCUCCACCCGCGCUUCCCUCUUGUAUACUGCUGCUGUUUCUAUUGCAAAUCAUGGAUGCAGAAAUGAGUUGAGUCAGAUAUCAAUAUCUCAUGCCUGUCUCCCUCUCUUUCUCUCCACCCACCUCCUGUCGUUGAACAGCUAA